AUGCCCACCCUCGACAAUCUUCUCCAGCUUACCGGCGGAAAACUCGACGCGUCCGUACACAACAAGCGCUCCCUGACGGAUGAACUCCGUUCCCGCUUGGACAAGCGUCUCUUGUUCGACCCCAUGACCACGCCCGUCGAUGUCACUGGCGACCAUGCAUUCGAAGCACCUGGCCACAAAGACCAGCGCGGCCCAUGCCCUGGCUUAAAUGCUCUUUCCAACCACAAGUAUAUUCCUCACGAUGGCGUCACUUCUCUGGCAGAGGUGAUUCCUGCAAUCAACGAAGUCUAUGGUAUGGGCCUCGAUCUUGCAGCAAUCCUCGCCAUAAUGGGUGUUGUCUGGACCGGCGACCCCAUUACGCUGAACCCCUCCUUUUCCAUCGGACGAAACUCAAGCGACGUGAACAACGCUCUCGACAACCUGGGAGGCUUACUGAGUCAGCCGCAAGGCCUCGUCGGUUCGCACAACUUCAUCGAAUCCGACUCAUCACUUACUCGUGAUGAUUUGUACGUUACCGGCAACAACUAUGCUUUGAACAUGACAAAGUUUAUGAAAUGGUACGACAUGGCCGACGAGAAUGGGACAUAUACCAUGGAUAUCAUGGGCAAGCGGGCUUCCGACCGUUUCCACGAAAGCAUCUACGAGAACCCCAGCUUCUACUACGGCCCAUUUACCGGCAUGCUUGCGCGUAAUGCUGGCUAUCUUUUUGUCGGUCGUAUCUUUGCCAACCAUUCCUCGGCCCAUCCUGACGGUGUCUUGACCAAGGAUAUUAUCAAGAGCUUUUUUGCAGUUUCUGGAGAGGAGGGCAACUUCACCUACAGCGAAGGCUCGGAGAGAAUCCCUGAUAAUUGGUACAAGUUGCCUGUGGAUUAUGGCCUUGUUCAACUGAAUUUGGAUACUGUUGACUGGAUCCUGAAAUACCCUGCACUGGGAAGUAUCGGUGGGAACACCGGAACAAUCAACAGCUUCACUGGCGUUGAGCUGGACAACCUCACCGAUGGAGUUCUCAACAUUGAGACGCUCCUCAAAGACAACAAUCUCCUCUGCUUCGUUCUGCAAGUCGUCAAGAUGGUCAGCCCGACCUAUCUCGCCAACAUCUACAAGACCUUGUCUGGACCGCUGCACAUGAUUCUGGAUGUCCUUUCCACCCCUUUGCUGGACUUGUCAUGUCCGGAGUGGAAGGACAUGACUUACAACGGAAAACCACUCUGGGAUGCACUGGGAAGCCAGUUCCCUGGAGCCAACAAGAGUGGAUCCGCGCUUUAA